AUGGCUGAAUUUCCACCUAGACACCCCGGAUUUGGGAAUUCUGGGAAAUGUUUUCUGAUAGAGAAUCUACUGCGUCCAGACAGUUCUUCACCUGUUGGAUGGGCCGCGUCAGGUGUCCACUCCAAGAAAUGUUCGUCCGCUUUGCUUUUCGGACCCCUGGGCUUGGUGAUGAAAGGGAAGGGCGUCCAUCAGACCGGAGACCCGGAGAGCCACAAGUGUCCUCGGAUGACUGAUGGAAAAACUGUUCAGUCACAGUCAGUUAUAACUGGUGUUCCUGUGCCAGGAUUCACUGGAAGUGGACCUGUGAUGUUUACCAAGGGAGUCGGUGCUGCGCUGUGGAGCCAAGCGUUGAGCUCCAGGCCCAGGCCGGGAAUUCUGCGCAGAGCUGUGUUCUCUGAAGAACAAAGACGAGAACUGGAGAAAAUGUUUCGUAGACAGAAAUACAUCAGCAAGACUGACCGCAAUCGACUGGCAACAGACCUCUGUCUGAAAGAAACACAGGUGAAGAUCUGGUUCCAGAACCGCAGGAUGAAGUGGAGGAACUCCAGAGAAAAGGAAAGCACAUACACAUCAAAAGAGCAACUGAUGGUCUGGAGUAAAUCAGAACCGGCAAACACACAACCCAACAGAUGAAACACACACACACAUGCACCUGAUGCACCUGUAGAUGGCCACACCAGAAAGAUCACAGCAAAAAUGAUUUUUUACUCUUAUAAUAUUGAACUGAAGAGACUUUUAAAACAAAUCAUGGAAAUGUGGAACUGAACUUUGUUGUUUGGGCUCCCAUUGUCAGGGAAUUGUGAUUGGGUUAGGAACAUUGUGCAAGGUAUUAGUGAAUAUAAACUUUGUUCGGUUUAUGUGCUAGAAUUUGCUCUUUGUCUCUAAAAAAUGACAUUUAAAAUCUGUAUUGAAUUAUGAAGUCUACUGGUCAGUGCUGUUUGGAAAUAUCUAGCUUUUUUCACACAGACAUAUACGGAAAAUACACGGAAAAUGCGUCUUGGAUUUGUAUCGGAUGUUUUUUUAAUUUUGGUUCAUUCACACACAUACCCGCAAAGAUCCCAUAUUUGACGUUUUUAUGUCACAUCUGAAGUUUGCUUAUAAUCUUUGAUUUCUCUUUUGUUUCUCUCGAGAAACCAUGUGUGCAUUUUUGUUAAGAUUAUAAAGGAGUGCGUGACGCGCUGUACUAGUAUGUUGGGUCUUAGCUUGGCCAACAUUUCAGCUCUACGCAUUCAGUCAGAUGAUCUGUAUAUAUAUGUAAAUGUGUAAUUAGGUCGCUUGAAUUCUCAUUACUUACUGUAGUUUUGUAAUAACUGUAAAAUCUUAUCUUUAUAAAACACCUAAUUACUGUAAAGAGCUCAAUUUGGUUUGUUUUUUAUUUUAUUUUUCAAGUGUAUGAAUGUAAUAUUUUUUAAUUGUAAAUAUACAUUUAGAUGAGAAUCAUUAAGAUGUUUAUAAAGUCAGUAAAGUCAUAAUUUAGCAUUUUUAUCCUCUAUGAUCAGUAUCUUUAAAUUGGCUUGUAAUGUAAAUGCUCACUGUUAUGAUUGGCAAAAGAAAAGCUAUCCCAUAAUGUGCAAAAACCUUUACAAUGCUGGUUUCACUGUUACACUGAAAGCCCUAAUGCUGUUUGUACUCAAAAAGUCAAGCAAUCAUGACUUAAAUUUUGGAUCCAUAACUUAACUACCUUUGUUUCAUUUAACUUAUUAACUUACAAAAAACAAACUCAAAAAUUCAAGUGCAAUUAAUUCAAAAUGAUAAUUUUAAAAUGCUGUGAGGAAUAAGCCCUUGCGCCUGGACAUUUUGAAUGAUUGAAUGAAAUUUUAACAAU